AUGGGGUUGGAGACGCCACAAGAGCUGGAGCACGCGGGAAGUAGGGAAGCGUCAGGGCACCCCGCAUUAGGCGCGGGACCGAGCGCGAACCAGUCAGGGGGAGAGGCGCCGCACCCGGCGAAUGCGGAGGCGAAAGCGGAGAUGGACGCGGAUGAAGCAGCGCGGGAGAAGCAGCGGAGAAAGCAGAGCUCGACGGGGCAGGUGAUGGAGGUGCCGCCCAUGGACGAGUACUUGUGCCCCAUCUCGGGCGACGUUAUGGAGGAGCCCGUUACGAUCGCGUCGGGACACACCUUCGACCUCAAGUCCAUUCAAAGGUUCUUCGACGAGGGCAACAAGCACUGCCCCGUAACGCAGGAGGCGCUGGAUAACCUCGAGAUGACGCGCAACGAGGACAUGGCGCGAUCCAUCGACGAGUGGCGCGCGCGCAACACGGUGAUGCGCAUCCAGGCGGCGCGGCCGAAGCUGCAGUCCGCCAAGGAGGAGGAGGUGGAGGGCGGGCUGCUGGAGCUGUUUCAGCUGUGCGAGGAGCGCGCCACGAACCGGUAUUGGGUGGCGGCGGAGGGGCUCAUCCCCGUCGUCGUCAACCUCCUCAAGUCCACCUCUCGCAACCUCCGCCGGAAAACGCUCGCCACGCUCGCCAACCUCGCCAACGGGAAUGACGAGAACAAGGUGCGGGGGAUUGUGGUGGGCUCCUCCAACGCAAAACCAAUCCCUUCCCACAUCCCCCGCACGACCUUGCCACUCGCUACCCACUCCGUUUCCCUCCCCCCAUUUCCCCCCUUUCCCUCCCACGCGUCCCCACCACUCCCCCCCACGCAUCCCUCUACAUCCCUCCGCGCGUCCGCUGCGCAGGAGCUGGUGGUGGAUGCAGGCGCCAUUCAGCUCGCCGUGCGCUCGCUGUCGCGUGACGUGGGCGAGAGCCGGCAGGCCGUGGCGCUGCUGCUGGAGCUGUCCAAGAGCCCCAAGGUGUGCGAGGAGAUAGGGCGCGCGCAGGGCUCCAUCCUGCUGCUCGUCACCAUGCUCAACAACGAGAACGCCAACGCCGCCAAGGACGCCGCCGCCGUGCUGCAGCAGCUGGCCAGCAACGACCAGAACGUCGUGCAGAUGGCCGAGGCCAACCACUUCAAGCCACUCGCUGACCGCCUCACCACAGAGGGAGUCCCCCUCACGGACCAGGGCAAGGCCGUGCCGCUGCACCACAGCUCACUCCCCACCAUCUACACGUCUCUUUCUCUUUCACCCUCCACCUUCGCCCCCUCCCUUCCACCUCGCCCCCUCCCCGCGCCCACCCUCGUCCCCCGUCCUCCCUCCCGCCAGGCCCACAUGACAAGGAGUGUGGUGGCGACGGCGCACUCUCCUUUGCGCCCCACUACCUCGUACUUGCUAUCGACUCCCACGUCCCUUCCUUGCCCUACCCCGCGCCGUGCAGGAUCGGACAUGACGCGGAUCGUGAUGGCGAGCGCACUAUCGCGCAUGUCCUUGACGGACCAGAGCAAGGCAGUGCUGGUGCAGCAGGGCGCCAUCCCGCCGCUCGUCACCAUGAUCGCCGCGGGCAAGCUCGAGGCCAAGGCAGCGGCCCUGGGCGCGCUGCAGAACCUCUCGUCGCUGGCGGCCAACCGCAACGAGCUCAUCCGCGCGGGCGUGGUGCCGCCGCUGCUGACGCUGCUCUUCUCCGUGACGUCCGUGGUGAUGAGCCUCAAGGAGGGCGCCGCCGCCAUCCUCGCCAACAUCUCCCUGGCGGCGGGCACGCAGGCGGAGACGAGGAUCGACGGCAACGGGGCGAUUCUGGAGUCGGAGGAGACCAUCUUCCAGCUGCUCUCGCUCAUGAACCUCGCUGGCCCCAACAUCCAGGUGAAUCUACUGAAGGCGCUGCUGGGCAUGGCGUCGGUACCGCAGGCCAUGGAAGUGCGCAACCGCAUGAUAGUGGGCGGAGCAGUCGACGUCCUCAUCCCCUUCAUUGACGGCUCUGAAGGGGGGCCAGCGACGCGGCCGUUGGCAGCGAGGGUGUUGAGGGAGCUGUCAAAGGAGGCGGAGGCGGGCAGGAGUGUGGCGGGCAGCCUCAUGGAGAACCAGGCGGCGGCGCUCAAGGCCAUCAUCGCCAUGCUGCACGACAAGGACUCGUUUGAUAACCGCGCUGCUGCUGCCGGCCUCAUCGCUGCGCUGCCACCCACUGACACCAAGCUCAACCAAGCUCUCGUGCAGGCGGAUGUGGUGCAGACGCUGGUGACGAUGCUGGGCAUGAAGGGGGGCGGCGUGGGCACCAACGCGCAGCUCAAGGACGCGGCGCUGGAGGGCGCUGCUAAUGCCCUUGUGCGCUUCACUCUCCCCUCCAACAUCAAGCAGCAGCAGCAGCUGGCGGAGCUAGGAGCCAUCCCGCAGCUGGUAACCCUGCUGGUGACGGGCAACGCGGGGGCGAAGAGGGGAGCAGCGCUGUGCCUGGGCAACUUCUCCGAGUCCAGCCCCACGCUCUCCGUCUCUGUCAAGGCCAAGUCAGGCGGGUGCUGCUUCAAGGCGCCCGAGGAGCCCAAGUGUGUGGUGCACGGGGGCACGUGCUCCGUGCGCGCGUCCUUCUGCCUGCUGGAGGCGGAGGCCAUCGACCCGCUCGUGGGCGCCAUGGGCGAGAAGGACCCUCUCACGGCCGAGGCCGCUCUCACCGCGCUGUCGACGCUCAUGGCGGACUCGUGCCGGUGGGAGGCCAGCGUCAAGAUCAUCCAUGAGUCCGGCGGGUUUGGGCGGGUGGUGCAGCAGCUGAGCGAGGGCACGGAGAGGGCGAAGGAGAAGGGGGUGUGGAUGUUGGAGAAGCUGUUUCGCCUCGAGGAGUACAAGUUUGAGUACGCCACCAAGGCACAGGGCGCGCUCAUUGAGAUGACCCAACACGGGUCCAACGAGACCAAGCCCGUGGCUGCUAAGAUCUUGAGCCAUCUCGAGCUGCUGCACCAACAGUCUAGCUACUUCUGA